AUGUCGCAUUUAAAACUACCUUUUCAUGAAAAAGAUCUAUUUUCAUUUCAUAAAACAAAACCACGAAAAAUGACUUCACGUGCAUCAUAUGGAUUCAAUGCACAAGAAUUGGCACGUGAAUUUGGAUCUGUAUAUCAAGAAAUUGAUGUUCAUAUUGGUUAUCAACGAUUUAUACUAGAUGUUAACCUAGGAAUUUGGAAAUAUGAUAAAACAACUAAUACAACAAUCAAUCCUCAGAAUGAAGCCAUCUUAGAGAAAAGAAAAGAGGAAUUAGAAGAAGACAACAAUGUACUUCGUACAAAAAUAGAUAUUUUAAUUACAAUGCUUGCUGAAACUAUAGCCGAAGAAGAACUUACAGACUCGCAAUAA